AUGGAAAAUACUUGGAAUCACAUCGCUCCUCUGGAAUGGCGUGGAACGCCUCAUAUUCGCGAUAUGAUGCAUGCAUAUCGCAGAGCUGCGCUCGAGGUUAUAGACAUAUACGAAGAACCAGCCCAACUUUGCUCGCCAAAUAUUCCUCAGCUUGAGCGUUCAGGCAACGGUGUAAUUGCGGUUACACUGUUGUGCUGCAGCAUCUCCACUCUCGUGGCUUUUGCUCAGACUGACUGCCAGCAUUCACCGCUCUACCAUUUGUACAAUGUAUAUGCGGCAAACACUCUCCAGUCUCUGAAGGCUCUAAGGGGCUCUUGGCUCAGCGAUCAAGAAUCUUCAAGUUGUUUGAAAGCAACACUGCGGUAUAAUGCGAAGACUGAGAGUUUAAAGAGGAAUACUGCGAGAAAAAAAACGAAAUGCCUGAGCAAAAACGAAAAGUAUGAGAGCAACGUCGAACGCAGGAGAAGUCCGUCCAGUUGUGUCGUGCCAUUGGCACUGACGAGAAACCGCCGAGACCAAAAUUCCCCCGCGAGAAAAAUCGUGAUCAAGUUUUUUUUCACCGCCGCAACGGUAAUGCGGAAAAGCGUAACACCUGAAAGUCCUCCCAAUCCUUAUAACAAAUCUGAGAAUCAAUUUCCUGGUGAAUUACGCGACGUUGAAAAUCAGGAAAAUUCCGUGGUCAAUGGCAUCGACAUUCUUGAAUGCGGUGCCGUCGAAAAAUCAUUGACGGAAAAUUGCUGCUGUUGUCCUACGGAAAAACAUGACGAUGGCUGUUGCAAAACAGAAGCAGUGAGAAAAAAAAUGUACCUCGAAAUAAAAGCUCGGGUUGAAAAGGCACUGAAGAGACACAAAAUAUUUUUGAUUCGCGGUGAUCUCCCGAAGUUAUCGAAAGCGUUGGAAGAAAGAGGUUGGGUGCAGAAAUACGAGUCUGUAAAGACACGGAUGGUCCCUUAUGGAAGUGUGGCCAGUCUCGAAUCAAAAUCAAUGGCAAAUAUUAAGAACGCCGAUGGUACAAUUAACGAAAAAGCCGUUACUUUUGCUCUCUUACGUCACAAACAACCAGAUUUCAUUUGGGACUGUCGCAAUGAUUUUAUCGAGUGGGAUUCUUCUGUCAGGAGUCAAGUUUUACUUAAUCGCUUGCAACGAUCGUACAUUUACACUUCCAAGCUCGGUAUGGCGCAAAUUCUCCGUGAUUCUCAUUGGCUAUGCGAAGCAAACGUCGCAAACGUCCAAUAUCCACGCAGUUAUAACGUGAGUCGUGAAACAGAAGCUUUUCUAACGGAUUAUCGCACGAACGCUUGUACAGGAUUAUUGAAAUGGUACGUCGGGCGAGUCGAUAAGGGUGAGGCUUUUGUGGAUCUUGGAAUCGAGCCGAUUCCGAUAAGUCAGUUAGAAUUCGCUCUGAAACGAUGCGACGAAUUUUUGGCCGAAGCGAAAGACGAGACUAUCGAUAUCGAGAACGAUCGCAAAAAAAGUAUAAGCGAGGAUGAGUGGAACAGCUUCCUGGACGAUUACUCACGAGUAUUACAUCGAGGAAAUGGAAUAGCGAGCCUCGGAAAUCCCGAUGCACAGCUCCGUCUCGAGAAAUGUUACCUCGCAGCGACAGGGACGUUGAAAAAAUUAAAAUCCGUUGAUUCUCAAUACGAGCUGAACGGCAUGAGAAAUAUUUGGAUUUUGAAACCCAGUGAUCUUUGCUGUGGCACUGGCAUAAGUAUUUCUCACAAUUUUAAGGACAUCAUGCGACGCGUAGAAAGUAAACCGAAGGAUUAUUUUGUCGUUCAAAAAUAUAUAGAAAGGCCUUUGUUGACGAAGGAUACGAAGUUCGACAUACGAUUGUGGUAUCUCGUAACUGACACUUUCCCCUUGACCAUUUGGAUCUUUGAAGAAGCUUUAUUGCGAUUCAGCUCAAAACCUUAUACGUAUUCGACUUAUCACGAAGCAAUUCACAUCUGCAAUACGGCGGUGCAACAAAAAUACUGUUACGAGAACAGGCGAAGAUUGCGAAGACGUAAUAACCAGAUGGAAAAUACGGAUGAACGAAUGUACACGACACCGGUGAUCGUCGAAUCGAUUCGUGAUCAGGAAUGGGAUUGUGCCAAACUGAACGAGUAUUUGAAAAGUGUUGGAUACAAAGGCGAGCCUUACUACGACGAGAUUUAUCCGCAAAUGUCACAAGCCAUAGUGCUAACAAUGUUGGCAUCCCAGGAAUACAUGGAUAAACGACGAUGCAGUUUCGAGCUUUAUGGAGCCGAUUUUAUGGUCAUGGAUGAUCUCUCGGUAUGGCUGAUUGAAAUAAAUACGAAUCCCCGAAUGAAUCCACCGAGUUCGCGAAUAACUCAACGUCUUUAUGACGGUGUUCUCGAGAGUCUCGUCAAAGUUACGAUGGAUCUGCCAUUGAAUCCUGAGGCAGACACUGGUGGUUUUCGUUUGGCAUACAAGCAGAACAUACCAACAAGUUUCCAGCCCUAUUUGGGCCCUUGUCUUUUCGUGUUCGGGAAACGAAUGACAUUGCACGAGCAAUGUCGUGAGAAGCGUGAGAAAAUUGGCAAAGAUAGUGAGGCAAACAUUUGCAGCCCUUGGAAGAGACACGAUCGUGCCUGGACGGCGCCACCCUCGAUGCCACGUUCCCGAGACCCCAAGGUCGUUGACUUCAUCGAAUAUCUUGAGAGGUCGCGUUGCACGGUGGCUCGUUGA